CCCAUCAAGUUUGGCGUGAAACGGGGUUGCGCGGCAAGUCAAACAGAGAAAGCAUCGCGAAUCGGAGAAGAAGGCGAUGGAGGGAAGCGAAGGCAAUAGCGAUGCUGUAUCUCCUCAUCCAUGGCAGUCUUACAACACUGUAUACACCACCGCCAAAGCAGGAAUGGAGGGGGUUGACAAGGAGAAAGUAAAAAGGGUAGUGUAUGAAAUGAGCAAAGGAUCCAAGUAUUUCCAGAAUGAGGAACGGAAGGAAGCUUUUAUCAAACAGAAAGUCGACAACAUGCGACUUCAAUUUGCAAAGCUUUCUCAGUCUGAUUUAUCUCAUUACCAGAAGGUUGCUGAAAGAAGGAUUCUUGAGCUAGAAGCUUCGCGUGAUCUUUCAAGGAUCUGGUUACAUGUAGAUAUGGAUGCUUUCUAUGCAGCAGUUGAGACUUUAAGUAACCCUACAUUAAAGGGAAAACCAAUGGCUGUCGGUGGCAUGUCUAUGUUAUCCACCGCCAAUUAUGAGGCCAGGAAAUUUGGGGUUCGUUCUGCCAUGCCUGGGUUCAUUGCACGGAAGCUAUGUCCUGAGUUAAUCCUUGUCCCAACAGAUUUCAAAAAGUAUACACAUUACAGUGAUUUGACCAGAAAAGGUUUUCUUUUUUGUGUGAUUGCUUUUUAUACCGUAUCUUUUCCUUUAAUUACUAAUGGUAGCUUAAAAUGCACUUUCUUGUUAGUUUUUCAGAGGUACGAUCCCAAUUUUAUUGCUGGUAGCCUGGAUGAAGCAUACCUCGAUAUAACUGAAGUUUGCAGAGAAAGGAAUGUCAAAUGUGAAGAAAUUGCUCAAGAACUCAGAGACAGUGUUUAUGAAGAGACUGGGCUCACGUGUAGUGCUGGAGUGGCACCGAAUCGUUUACUUGCUAAGGUUUGCUCAGACAUAAACAAGCCAAAUGGACAGUAUGUUUUGCCAAAUGACCGCCUGGCAGUUAUGACUUUCAUAUCCUCUCUUCCUAUCAGAAAGAUUGGAGGCAUCGGUAAGGUCACCGAACAUAUUUUGAAAGAAGUUUUUGGAAUAAGCACAUGUGAGCAGAUGCUGGAUAAGGGUAGCUACCUGUGUGCUCUUUUUUCUCAGUCAACAGCAGAUUUUUUUUACUCGGUGGGUUUAGGUUUGGGAAAGACGGAUUCUCCCCAAGCAAGUUUCCGGAAAAGUAUCAGCAAUGAGAGGACAUUUUCUACCACUGCGGAUGAAGUGCUGUUGUAUAAAAAAUUAGCGGAGCUUGCUGAAAUGCUGUCCACAGACAUGCAAAAAGAGGGUCUGCUUGGGCGAACGUUGACUCUUAAACUGAAAACUGCUUCUUUUGAGGUUCGGAAUAGAGCUGUGACUUUACAAAACUACAUCAACUCAAAUGAGGAUAUUCUGAAGCAUGCAUCAAAAUUGCUGAAAGCUGAACUUCCUGUUUCUGUAAGAUUAAUAGGUCUUAGGGUAUCACAGUUUAAUGGAGAAAAAUGUGGUGCUACACCUGAUCCUACUCAGAAGACUAUUACCAAUUUCAUUACUUCAGGAGAAGCCAAUAGGAAAAAGAAUUCUUUUUCAGAUGUUACAGAUCACGACUUUAUCAGUGAUACUGAAACUGAUCCUUCCAUUGAUGUUCGGCACACAAGCCAGCUUGAUAGCCGAGAUCCUUUUGAUGGUAAUCAUUCAUUAGAUGUAAAUCACCAAAGCUGCACUUUCCGGAAAAAUGAUGGUGCAGAGAAGGUACAAACUUCUGAUAAUGAUGCUGCAAGUUCUCACCACAGUGGAUGCACAGAGCUGCUUGGAUCAACUUCAUUCCAGGGGCAGUUUGAGGGGAAAAAUGUGAAUGAUGGGUCUAAUCUUCAGGAGGAGGAUAAACUUGAUUCUUGUCAGGAAACAAUAAUGUCGUGGUUGAAUGACUAUAAAUGUUCACUAUGUGGAAUAGAACUUCCUCCAAGUUUUGUUGAGGAAAGAUUAGAACAUUCUGAUUUCCAUUUCGCUGAAAAGCUUCAAAAGGAAGAAUCUAGAAUUCACCAAACAUCUAUUCCGAUUCAAAGUCAGGAUCAAAAGCAACGAACCAAUAGACAAAGCAAAUCCAAGAAGCAAAAGUUGUCGCAGAAAGAAGGCCGAUAUAUGCCCAUUGAUUAUUUUUUUGUCAAGGAGUAAUCAAAGCUUUAAGUUAAUUGUAAUAUUGUGUUUGCAGUUGUGUAUGUACAGCAUAAACUCAACAUCUGCCAGUUAUUAUUGUAUAAUUUGUAUGUUAUUUUGCAAGUGACACCAAUAAUUUCAAAGCCUCUAGGAUUGAUCUAGUAGUGGUGAAGGUCUUUACUCCAUGUAUAGUUGUAAUAUGAAUCUUAUAUGAUGAAUAAAAUAGUCUCAUUCAUAUGA